CGUCACGCGCGGAAGUAAACAGAGCGCAGCGCUUCGUCUAUGAAAUGUAUAAGAUCUUCUGAUCAUGUAUUAAAUAAUAUACGAUUAUCAUUCAUAAAGUCAGCAGUCCGCGGUGGAAUCGUACGCUUGAGUGACUGAUCAGGGCAGAAGAAAGCGCGCUGCUUGUCAUUAUGCUGUAAAUGUCAUUGAUUAUUGAUUGAUUGAUUGAUUGAUGUCAGUUCGAUUCGGUUCGGGAUGGCAGCGGGUUUCGCUCCGCCGAAGCUCAAAGACUUUAUUCUCACCGAGAAACUCGGAAGCGGCACUUAUGCGACAGUUUAUAAAGCUUUCAGAAAGACUGACAGUAGGGAGGCGGUGGCCGUGAAGGUGGUCAGUAAGAAAAGCCUCAACAAAGCCUCAAUGGAGAAUCUGCUGACAGAGAUUGAGAUCCUGAAAACGGUCCGGCAUCCUCACAUAGUGCAGCUCAAAGACUUCCAGUGGGACAGCGAGAACAUCUAUCUGAUUCUGGAAUGGUGUUCAGGAGGAGAUUUGUCCCGUUUUAUCCGCAGUCGCCGGAUUCUUCCGGAGAGAGUCGCUCGUCGAUGCCUACAGCAGAUCGCAUGUGCUCUUCAGUUUCUCCAUGAGAGGAACAUCUCUCAUCUGGACCUCAAACCACAGAACAUUCUGCUGAGUGGAAACGUGCUAAAGCUCGCAGAUUUUGGUUUUGCGCAGUACAUGAGCCCGUGGGACGAGCAGCAGGCUCUCAGAGGAUCUCCGCUCUACAUGGCUCCUGAGAUGGUGUGCAGACGGCAUUAUGACGCCCGAGUGGAUCUCUGGUCCGUCGGGGUCAUUUUAUACGAAGCUUUAUUUGGACGAGCUCCCUUUGCCUCUCGCUCAUUCACUGAACUAGAAGAGAAGAUCCGCAGUGAGAAACCCAUCGAGCUGCCGCCCGGAGCGCGAGUUUCUCGUGACUGUCGUGAUCUGCUGCUGCGUCUGCUGGAGAGAGAUCCUGCCAGCCGCAUCACGUUUGACGAGUUUUUCCUGCAUCCCUUCGUAGAUCUGGAGCACAUGCCCAGCGCCGAGAGCCUCGGGAAGGCAAAAGCGCUGGUGCUGCAGGCGGUCCAGAAGGACCAGGAUGGAGAGCGAUCAGCUGCGUUAUCUCUCUACUGUAGUGCACUCGAACACUUCGUUCCUGCCAUUCACUAUGAGACAGACAGACAGAGGAAGGAAGCACUGAGACAGAAGGUGAAUCAGUAUGUUUCUCGUGCUGAGGAGCUCAAAGCGCUGGUCAGAUCGGACAACAAGAUCACUUUUGAGGAGGCAAAAUCAACCAGGAACAUAUUAAUAGAAAUGUCCAGAGAUCAGCCGCGCUUACUGGUUGCCCUGGAACUGGCAUCCGCUGCUGUUGCCCGGGAGGAGAGCGGCGCGGAGGACUACGACACGCUUGAUCUGUACCAGCAGAGUCUGGGUGAGCUGCUGCUGGCGCUAGCAGCUGAAUCUCAGGGCCGGCGCAGGGAGCUUCUCCACAGCGAGAUUAAAAGUCUGAUGAGUCGAGCAGAAUACCUCAAAGAGCUGAUCAAGAUGCGGGAAACUCAGACGGACGAAUCGCUGAAGAAAGAUGCUGCUGCUGAAUCUGUGAGAUCCUCCUGUUGUUUACAGUGAGCUGCGGGUUCUCGCCAUGGCAACGGAUGCAGGGUGUCACACGGCCGGAGGAUUCACAGCAUCUGAUUGGCUCCUGGCAGACGGUCAAACCGCAGUCACUCUCACUGAACUGUCAGACCUGAAAUCGCUGUACUGAGAAACAGACGUUCACACCUCAAGGAAAAGAGUCCUGACUGUAAAAUCACUCCUUUUGAUUUAAGGGCAUUCUUCGCUUUCUUUCACACACGCACACACAGAGUUUGAGGCCGACCGCAGCUCUACCGCAGAUCCAGCAGCAUGAGAGAGGUGUGGCUUUCUGUGUGUUUUCUUUGGACUCGCACGCUUACACACACUUACACCAUCACACACACUUCACACGCGCUUACAAAGGGAGAGUUUAGCAUCAGCGAUCUGACGGCGGAAUACUGUGUGUGUUUGACAACUCCUGAUUCUUGAUGAUUGUGAGCUUAUUUAUUCACUUUCUAAACUGAAUGAAAGCAUCAUCUGAAUUUCUCUCUCUCUCUGGGUGAAUACUUUCUUGCGUUAUGAAUUUCUCUUGGCCAUAAAUUGUCAUUUCCUCUCCGCAUUCCUUCGGUAAUAUAAUUCCUCCCCUGCAUUCCUCUUUCCUCUCUGGAAUAAAUCAGCCUGCAGAAACCAUCAUAUUCACUCACAACACGACAACACACGUCCGGAACACUUUACAAGAGUUAACAUCAUCUAAUAGUGACAGAAAGUUCACUUCAGCAUUUACUAAUGCAUUAUUCAAAUCAAACAACAUCAUUUAAUAGCUGACAGUUACAUUUUUGUUAAGUAACAUUAUUAAACAUUAAUACUGAAACAAAUGUUUUGCAUUAAUGCAUUAACUGUUCACUAAUGUUAACUAAAACUGGAUCAGUGACAUUAUUUUAUAAUUCAUUUUAUACCAGAAAAUGUACUGAAAUAACAGCAAAAACUAAAAAAAAAAAAAAAAUCUAAACAA